AUGGCUUUUCGCGCAUCAUCAACAUUGGCUUUCGCCCGCCUCACACGACCUGCACCCUCGCAGACGCAAAUAUCUGCAAUUACAUCGCCAAAUGGGCUUCGUUUCUAUUCAGCUCCAGUCGAUGGUACAAUUCCUGCUGCAAAGCAAAAAUACGUUCCGACGAGUGGCACCUAUCCCAAGGGAUUCCUGGUUUCGGGCACUCACGUCGGAGUGAAGCCUACAAACAAGAGCACUCCGGACUUGGCCUUCCUGGCGUCAGAGACACCAUGCGGUGCCGCUGCAGUAUUCACGAAGAACAAGUUCCAGGCAGCUCCUGUGACUGUCAGUAGGAACAUGCUGAAUAGAAGGGGCAACAGCGGAGUCCGCUCAGUCAUCGUGAACUCGGGCUGCGCGAACGCCGUGACAGGGAAGGGCGGAAUGGAGGACGCUGAGAAGAUGGGCACAGAGGCAGACAAAUGCUUUGAUCUGCCAAAAGAUGGUAAGGGAGGAAGUAGUAUAGUUAUGAGCACUGGUGUAAUUGGUCAGAGGUUGCCGAUACAGAAGAUAUUGCAGAGGAUACCAUUCGCAUACGAUGCUUUGGGAUCGUCACACGACCACUGGCUCGCUGCUGCCAGAGCUAUCUGCACAACCGAUACGUUCCCGAAGUUGAUUUCUCGAACGUUCUCUCUGCCGUCAUCCCCAUCUGUCGAAUACAGGAUAGCUGGUAUGACCAAGGGGGCAGGUAUGAUACAUCCCAAUAUGGCCACGUUAUUGGGGAUGAUCGCUACAGAUGCUCCAAUUGCUCCCCAACUCCUGCCAUCUCUACUUACGAAUGCUGUCAACAAGUCCUUCAACAGUAUCUCGAUCGACGGUGAUACCUCAACAAACGAUACGGUAGCAUUACUUGCUAACGGUGCUGCUGGAGGUGAACAGGUCACUUCUGGGUCAUCGAGAGACUACGCCACUUUUCAGAACAUAUUGUCCGACUUUGCUACUGAUCUAGCCAAGCUCGUCGUCCGAGACGGAGAAGGAGCCACAAAGUUCGUCACCAUCCGAGUUACCGAGUCUUCGUCUGAGGUUGCAGCGCGGAAGAUUGCAAGCACAAUCGCAAGGUCGCCUCUAGUCAAGACAGCUUUAUACGGCAAGGAUGCCAAUUGGGGCCGUAUCUUGUGUGCAACUGGGUACUCCUUGAUAUCCGAGCCAGGACAAGAAAUCAACCAGGUGGAUGAGAUUGUGCCAGCAAAGACUAGUGUCUCUUUCAUUCCAUCUGAUGGCUCACCGGAGCUAAAAUUGUUGGUGAAUGGAGAGCCCGAAACUGUGGAUGAAGCCCGCGCUUCGGAGAUAUUGGAGCAUGAAGACUUGGAGAUUCUCGUUCGCUUGAGAGGUGGUAAUGAGGAAGCCACUUAUUGGACGUGUGACUAUAGCCACGAAUAUAUCACGAUCAACGGGGACUACCGCACAUGA